AUGGGUUCCGCAAACGAUAUUCAAAAGCCCUGGAUCGAAACUCCACUAAUUGAGUCGGCGACUCUAUCCAAGCUUGCGGGAUGUCGAAUCUUCCUCAAAAUGGACCUCCUUCAACCAUCCGGCUCCUUCAAAUCCCGCGGCGUCGGUAACUUCAUCCACGCAAAUCUAAAAUCGCACUCCCAAACCCACCCACCCCAUUUCUAUAUCUCAUCCGGCGGAAAUGCAGGCCUCGCCGCAGUGCGCGCAUCCCAAGACCUAAACUGCAAAUGCACUGUCGUCGUACCGCACAGCACGAAGCCGUUCAUGAUUAACAAACUGCAUCAAGCCGGCGCAACGGAGGUUAUUCAGCAUGGAGCUAGUUGGUUCGAAGCAGACACCCAUCUGCGAGAACAAUUCAUCAUUCCCGAGCAUAAUGUAGAUGGGGCUAAUGUUUACGUACCCCCAUUUGACCACCCGCUUGUCUGGGAGGGGGCGAGUAGUAUGAUUGAUGAGAUUGCGAGACAAUUGCCCGCUCGGGAGGGUGAGGGUGAGGGUGGUGGUGGUACGAAUGCAUUUGCCGCGGACGCGGUUAUUUGCAGUGUUGGGGGUGGUGGUCUUUUUAAUGGGACAUUUGAGCUGGCGAGUAACCCGCCUCCUGGCGUUGAGGUCACGAGUGUUGUUCGCUCGGAUGCGGAAGCUGCGCGUGGCGUUGUGCUACUUGCUGAUGAGACGCGUUUGCAGGUUGAGCUGGCUUGUGGUGUUAGUGUUGAGGUUGCUGUUGGUAAGGAGUUGAAGAAGGCAAUUCCUGAUCUCAACCCGGAAACUCGGGUCGUUGUUGUUGUUUGUGGAGGUAGCAAUGUCUCUGCGGAGAUUGUUGCUGGAUAUAGAGAGCAGUUGGCGGCAGGCUGGGAGUAG